AUGGCUGAAACAAAUCUUAAAGUAGAAAAUAAUGAAGAAAGAAAUUCUGCAAAAACUAAAUGCAGAAAUCGUGUCCAAGCAAAAAGGAAUGCCAAAAAAAAUGGGCAAACAAUUGAUCAUUUUUUUUCUAUUGCAAAAUCUAAUGAAAGUGAUGAAAUAAGCGAAGAAUCUGAAAAUGAACUCAAUAAUGAUGAUGAUUAUUUCCAACAAGUAAUUAAUUCUCUUGAAACACAACUAAAAGAAAAAAAUUUAGAUGAAGGUCACAAAUUAAGAUUAAUUGCUAUAUUAUAA